CUUCACUCAGUCUCGUUUGAGUCCUUGUCGAGUGUAGGUGUUGAACGUCCUUCCAGGAUUCUCAAGUUCAGGCGAAUAAGGAUGGAUUCCAUCGAGGGGAACAUCAAGCUACUCCUCCAAGGGAAAGAAAUCGAGGAAUCGCAAGAAUUUUGUGACUUUACCCUCGACGACCAGAAUGAGGUUACAGCUGCGAAAGGCGUAGCUCCCUCCUCUCCAGCGGAGUUCACACCAGUACUAAAGGACAACGUUUGCUUCAUUGUGGCAGCUGUCCUGGUCAACUCAGAGGGCCAAGUGUUAAUGAUGCAGGAAGCCAAGAGUUCCUGUGCUGGACAGUGGUAUCUCCCUGCAGGACGUAUGGAGCCUGGCGAAAGUAUUGUGGAAGCAGCAAAGAGAGAGGUACUAGAGGAAACUGGACUAGAGGUUGACAUCACCACACUACUUAUGGUUGAGUCAGCGUCCGGGUCAUGGUUCAGGUUCGUUGUGACUGGCAGUGUCACAGGAGGAGAACUCAAGACUCCAGCAUGUGCAGAUAAGGAAUCACUGCAAGCCAAGUGGGUGGAGAACCUAGGGGAACUCAGCCUCCGAGGAAAUGACAUUUACCCGCUGAUCCAGAGAGCGAAACAGUACUGGGAGAAUCAGGAGUCUUGGCACCCGCUGGUUCUUCCUGUGACCAGACCCCACACUCGAUUGCUGAUGAGAUUGGUGAUUGCCAUUCGCAAGAGGGUCAAUAACCGUGUAUGUGUGUUAACAAGUGAUAAGACAGCAACCCAUCUUCCAGUAACUGAAAUCAAUCCAGUUCGCUCCCUUCACUCUACUUUAAGAAAAUAUAUGACUGAGAUUUUUGGGUCAGAUCUGCCCCCCCAUAGACCCCAAGGCGUCCUCAAUGUUGAACUACAAACAAGCUCCCCCAGAGGCAGUCACGAUGGCCUGUGUAUCACAAUACUCGUCCCAAUACGCAAAGCGCUGGAGGAGGUUCCGCUCAUAGACAAAUACUCUUGGGUGGAAUUGCCCAAACCACUUGGCGAAGACCUCCUUAAUCGCAUGGGCAAGAACAUGAUUGUACCCUUGAAUGUGAUACGAGUGGCUACACUAAUCAAUUGAGUUUGCCGUCUCCCUCCCUGCCUCACCAGUCGCUGUUCGUGGUCAGUCCCCCCAAACGCUUCUGGAUUAUUCCAUGGCUUUGAGCCUUUCCCUUUCCAUAACACUGUGUAUAUAUAUAUAUAAUUUUUUUUUUACAUUCUCUUUCUUUGGCAUAGCACCCUCUUCACCCAUCACUUCCUUUUUCUUUCCUUUCCUUUUUUUUCUGUGGAAUGAAGGGGUUAAAUACAGUAUAUAUGUUGUGUUUUCAGUAUGUAAAAUUGCUAUAGCCUGGCAAAAUCCUAUGAUGUAUAGACCAUGUAAUGCUGUCUGUUAUUUUGUGGACUAAUAUAUUUACACAUAUGUAUAUUUUGGCUUUAAGUUUUGGAUUUUACAGGUUUUGUGUGUUUUAUGAUGUGCUCAUGAGGAUGGAAAUUGUGAAGCAGUUGUAUGUAAAGUUCUGUAGUUGUCUAAAAAUAAUAAGAAAAGAAAGGAGUGAGGAAGGGCAACGUGCUGUACCUCCAGAAACCUCCUGAAGCUGCAGAAUAUUUCCAAUGUCCAGUAUUUAUUGUAAUUAAAUAUUUAAGCAUUAAAAAAAAAGUGACUGUGAAAUCUAGACAAGGUCACAGAGGCACGUACUUGAAGAAAGCAGGCUAUUCUGAUAUAUCUUUGCUUUGACAGUAUUUCUUGUCGUCUAUAAAUCACACCCAAAACACCUUUUUUUUAGUCUAGACUUCCUAGCACCAGCACUAUUUUAUUUUAUUUUUUUUAUUUAUUUAUUUUUUUAUUAUUUAUUUAUUUAUUUAUUAUUAUUAUUUUUUUGUUAUGGUUAUUGUUCAAGAUUGACCUAAGAAGACAAGAAGUCAUUUCAGAUUUUUGUUUGUUUGUUAUAUAAUUGAUGAACAUUUCAGCACACAUGUUAACAAUGAUAAUCAUUUUGUGGUUAAAGAUAAUAUAAGAAUACUUCAUUUUACAAGAUUUCCUCAGUUAAAAACUCACCUUUUUUGAGAAAUAAUUUUUAUUAGUAGAAUCCUUUUAUAAUGUUAUAAGAAUAUUUUAUUUCAUGACUUUUCCUCAGUUAAAACUCACCUUUUUAGGAAGAUGUUUUGAUGAGUAAAAUCCACUUUCUAGUAGAAGCUAGUUAGUGAAGUUUUAAACAUAGCAAAGAACGUUUGAUUAGUUAUGAAAGCAAAAUUGUUUGAGCCUUUUCAUGUAAAAUGAAGAUGAUAUCUUUAAAUGUCCUUGUUUACUUUCAGCUAUUGGGAAUCGUGUGCCUAAGUUGAAGUCAAGUAAGGGACGCUAGUGGAAGCCGAGACCAGCUAAUGUGUCCAGUUAGAUCACAUCUGGGUGUAACACGUGAUUCAUUGCUUAGAUAUUUGCUGUUCUCCAUUGCUUUAACUUUUUUAAUUUUUUUUUUUUUUUUUCUUUUUCUUUUUUAUUGUUAUUAGUAUUUAAAGCCAGUUAGGGUAAAGAAAUUACUUUAAUUUGAAAGAUUUACAUGUUUUUGAGUACCUAGCUAUUGUUUUAUUCUUUCUUAUCUUUUAUUUAAAUUUAAAACUGGUUUUACUUUGAAGUUUGAGAUGUAGCAAUGAGCUGUAAUGGAGUUUUGGCAGUAUCAAAGGGAUUUACGCAUAUACCUGUUAGAUAUGAUAAGCCAGUAUUGCCAUCACCAAUAUGAAACUUUAUAGUUAAAUCUGUCUUCACUAUUUAUUCAAGUGCACUAAGUUUACUAGCUUGAUGAAAUUUAAAAUAAUCUUAAAAUGCUUACUUUAUGAGUUCUUCAUAUAAGUCUACCUUUCACACUCAGCCUGUUUUCUCCAUAUAUAAUAAGUAUGGAGUUUUUUCCUAUUUAAUUUCAUUGUUUAUUCUUACACCUGACUCUUAAUACUUUUAAGAAAUGAACUUCGACUGGCAUUUUAACAGGUUCUCUUGCACACUAUAGCAUCUGGUCUUUGCUCUUACUUUCACAUAAGACCGUUCGGCAUUUCAUACUGGGUUCGGGUUGUAUCGUUAUUUCCCUUACUUGACUUCUCUCAAAAGGAAAAAAGGGGGUUUCUUUUCAGGAGUUGAAUGAAAAUAUGCUGUCUUACUUUUUUUCUUUUUUUUUUUUCAAACUUUUGAUUUUUUGUUUCUUAUCUUUUCUUUUUUUUUUAUGUAUGUCUCUCUGGAUUACCUGUGGCAUCUAGAGCAUGAAUUUACAGAAGUGUCUAAAUUUCUAGUGUAUUUUUCCAGGGAUUUUGCUGGGCUCAAUUUUGUGAAUUCUCAGAGCAUUUCACAGAAUUUCAUUACUUUCCGUGUUCAAUCUUGCUUACCAAGUUUAUUUUAUUUCUUACUUGGUUUGGUUUUCUUACAAAGGUAUGAUACAUUGUGGUAAGAGUGGUAUUACAGAUGGUUAUUGGGUAGUGGAUUUGAUCUUCAGUGAUAAUAAUCUGUCUUGAAAGUCACUGUGUGAAUUUUGUUUACAGUUUCAUAUCUCUUUUUCAUUAUCUUAAGGCAUUCUGUCCUUGUUAUCUUUGCUCUUCAGUAAAGUACUGAGAAAUGUUUGUUAAGAUGAAUUUUUGUUAUUUCCUCUUUUGAUAACUGUAUUUAGACCAGUUGUAUCUAUGCAUCCUCUUCCAUGGAAACAAUUUACCAGCAUUGGAUAAUGUAUCUGUUCAUGUAUAUGCAUGUGCAUAUGCAUACUUGAAUGUAUAUGUAUAUUUAUAUGCAUAUAUAUCUUUAAUAGGCCUACUAACUUAGAUUAAUGGUAAGGAAAGAAUUUGGUACAACAUAACUGUAGUAAAAGUUUGGACAUGAUAAUAUGUAUAGGUUGCUGUCAGUCCCAUGGAAUGUUAUAUAACUGUUCAUGUAUAUUAUUAAGACUUAAGUUUUCUGUAGACUUCUUAGAUACUGUUUCCAUUUUUAUAAUAAUUUAUAUAGUUUUCAGUUUCUUUUUUUGAUGUUUCACUUCAUUUUUUAAAAAUCAAAUAAAGUUUAUUUUUAUAUCUUUACUGAAUUACAUAGUAUAUACUAUAUGGUAACUUUUAUCUAAAAAAAAUGUGAUUUAUGAUUAAAAAUAUUUUUUUUCA